AUUGAUAAAUAACACAAAUUUGUCUUUACGAAAAUCAUAAAAGCUAUCAGGUUUUUGGUUUCAAAAUAAUGAUAUUGGAAUGAGAUGAGAGCAUUAUUAAUGAUAAAACCUUGUAUCCAAGAUACAUUGGAGGAAGAGUAAGAGAGCGAUGAGAUGAGAGUGAUAGUGCCUCUACAAGGAGUUGUCCAAGGCACAGGGGGUCUUUUCUGGGGUUCUGUCAUUCCUUGUGCUCUAUUCUACUUUCUUCAGCUCUACUUCAAAACCAAGACACCUCACCACCCUCCACCUUCCCAAAACAACCACAAGGACGAUGACUCCACCACCUUCCACCGCUCUCUCUCUUCCAAUCACAGGCACUCCACUACCACUGCCUCCGCUUACGUGUCUCCUCGUGCCAAUUCCAUAACCGCUGCUAACUCCCCUUACUUCCUAGGCUUGCACAAGCUUGCAGAUGAUCCCUAUCACGAGACUCAUAAUCCUGAUGGUGUUAUUCAGCUUUCUUUGCAUCAAAGCACCCUGUCUCUCGACUUGAUUCAAGAUUGGAUUCACCACAACGGAAGCAGUGCUGUGUUCGGGACACCACUCGGCAUUUCUAGGAUUGUUCCUUACCAACCUCUCCAUGGAUUGAUGGAGCUCAAAGUGGCUGUGGCUGGUUUCAUGUCUCAAGUUUUGGAAAACCUGAUUUUCUUCAACACCUCGAGAAUGGUACUAACUGCAGGUGCCACUUCUGCCAUCGAGAUUCUAAGCUUCUGUCUAGCAGAUCAUGGAAACGCAUUCCUUGUUCCCACGCCUCUUAGCCCUGGCUUUGACGGGGUUGUAAAAUGGCGCACUGGCGUGGAGAUAGUACCUGUUCCCUGCCGCAGCACUGAUGACUUCAAUUUAAGUAUAACUUCAAUCGAGAGAAUCUUCAAUCAAGCAAAGAUGCGUGGUCAAAAAGUUCGCGGAAUUAUAAUAAACAACCCCUCAAAUCCUGCUGGCAAACUAUUGGAUAGGGAAACACUGUUGGAUCUUUUGGACUUUGCUAGAGAGAAGAACAUUCACAUAAUCUCUAAUGAAAUGUUUGCCAGCUCUUCUUAUGGAAACGAAGAGUUUGUGAGCAUGGCAGAAAUCAUGGAGGCAGAAGAUCAUGACCGGGACAGAGUUCAUGUAGUGUUUGGUUUGUCAAAUGAGCUCUCGGUUCCAGGUUUAAAGGUGGGUGUUAUCUACUCUUAUAAUGACAAUGUCGUGGCUGCUUCUAGCAAAUUGGCAAGGUUCUCCACUGUUUCUGCCCCAACCCAAAGAUUGCUCAUCUCCAUGCUCUCAGAUACAAGUUUUGUGCAAAAUUUUAUUGAGGUUAACAGAUUGAGGCUGCGGAAAAUGUAUAAUACAUUUGUUGCAGGGCUGAAGCAGUUGGGGAUUGAGUGCACUAGGAGCAGUGGUGGUUUUUGCUGCUGGGCUGACAUGAGCAGGUUGAUUCGCUCUUACAGUGAAAAGGGGGAGCUUGAGCUCUGGGAUAGAUUGUUGAAUGUUGCUAAGAUCAAUGUUACCCCGGGAUCAUCAUGUCACUGCAUUGAACCUGGAUGGUUUCGUUUUUGUUUUGCUACAUCCACUGAAAAGGCUGUUUCUGUAGUAAUGGAGCGGCUUCGGAGAAUUGUUGAGGCCACAAAUGGACAUAGUUGAUGUGGGGUCAAUUAGUUCUGCAAAUUUAGUUGGUUUAUUGAUUUUUUAUUCUUUUGGAGAAGGCAGCAUCAUCCUAGGAGGAAUAAAUAAUCACCAAGGGGUAGUUGGAUGACAUGGACAUGGGUGUUAUGCAAUGGAGUUGCUUCAAAAUGACAUGGACAAGGUGGCACCACUGAUGCUAUCAAGUUAAGUCGCUUACAAUGACAAAAGUGUAUGAAAAGAAAGGAAAGAUAAAAAGAAAAAACUCACUGCAAGAACCUAAUUUGGUUAUAGGCAUGAUGGCAGUUUUUAUUUUUUAUUCUUCACCUUCAUUUUUAGCAUUUGCUUUUAUUUCAUAAACUUAUAUUAGAGAUUAGAGAAUCACAUAUCCUUCAAGCUUUGUAUAUUUCAGCAGGAAGGUCCUAUUGUAUUAUAUAUAACAUUUGGUGUGAUAAUUGACAAACCCGAGGGCAGAAUUUGAUAAGUGUUCUUGAUUGCUCA